ACAAGUACCUUUACGCCAUGCGCCUCUCCGACGAGACCCUCAUAGACGUCAUGGCUCGCUUCAGGAGGGAGAUGAAGAACGGCCUCUCCAGGGACUUUAACCCCACGGCGACCGUGAAAAUGCUCCCUACGUUCGUGAGGUCCAUUCCCGACGGAUCAGAGAAAGGCGACUUCAUCGCGCUGGAUCUUGGCGGUUCUUAUUUCCGCAUUCUGCGGGUGAAGGUGUCGCAUGAGAAAAAGCAGACAGUGCAGAUGGAAACUGAGAUUUAUAACACGCCCGAAGACAUCAUGCACGGCAGUGGGACACGGCUUUUUGAUCACGUUGCUGAAUGCCUGGGAGACUUUAUGGAGAAACAACAGAUCAAAGACAAGAAAUUACCAGUUGGCUUUACCUUUUCUUUCCCGUGCCGGCAGUCCAAGCUGGAUGAGGGCAUCCUGAUCACCUGGACGAAGCGCUUCAAAGCGAGCGGCGUGGAGGGCGCGGACGUCGUGCGGCUGCUGAGCAGGGCCAUCAAGAAGCGGGGGGACUACGACGCCGAUAUCAUGGCGGUGGUGAAUGACACCGUGGGCACCAUGAUGACCUGCGGCUUCGACGACCAGCGCUGCGAAGUCGGCCUGAUCAUCGGCACGGGCACCAACGCCUGCUACAUGGAGGAGAUGAGGCACAUCGACCUGGUGGAGGGCGACGAGGGCCGCAUGUGCAUCAACACGGAGUGGGGCGCCUUCGGCGACGACGGCUCCCUGGAGGACAUCCGCACCGAGUUCGACCGCGAGAUCGACCGCGGCUCCCUCAACCCCGGCAAGCAGCUGUUUGAGAAGAUGGUGAGCGGGCUCUACAUGGGCGAGCUGGUGCGGCUCAUCCUGGUGAAGAUGGCCAAGGAGGGGCUGCUCUUUGAGGGCAGGAUCACCCCCGAGCUCCUCACCAAAGGGAAGUUUGAGACGAAGCACGUGUCUGCCAUAGAAAAGAGCAAGGAAGGCCUGAGCAAAGCCAAAGACAUCCUGACGCGCCUGGGCGUGGAGCCGUCUCACGAGGACUGCGUGGCCGUGCAGCACGUGUGCACCAUCGUGUCCUUCCGCUCGGCCAACCUGGUGGCCGCCACGCUGGGCGCCAUCCUCUGCCAGCUGCGCGACAACAAGGGCGUGGGCCGGCUCCGCACCACCGUGGGGGUGGACGGCUCCCUCUACAAGAUGCACCCGCAGUAA